AACAGCUUGCCAUCACUCUUCAGAUUACAUUCAACACUUGAUAAAAUAAUACUCAACGUCCACAAUGAAUAUAGAACUGCAACAACACAUAUAAUAGCCAGAAAGAAAAACAAACCAGAAGGAGUGGUAAACUCAAGAACUUGCAGCAUACACUUCCAGCGACACAUGAUCGCACAACUGGUCAACUAACGACACCAGAAGAAACACUAAACCAUUAAUGAUUACAGGUCACUCCGAAUGGAUAAUAUAUAUGGAACAAUCAGGCAAUUACCUUCGUCCGUGUUAUUCGCAGGAGACGCGAAUAUUACAACCCCGAAACUGACAUCAAAUAUUAAAUCGAUCCCACUUGUUUGUUGAUUAUUGAACAUUAUCCUACGUCCCCCUUUCAAUAUUCAUCCGUCCCCCUUUCAAUAUCACUUGUUUGGAACCCAAUUCCCACUCAACUGAGAAACCACCAAAAUUUUGAGAUUACCCUGAGCAGAAUUUUGUUGGUUCAUCCAUGGCUCUGUUCCGAGGUCACCACAAGGCCUCCCCUUCCAGAUAUACUUCUUCUCCUUCUGGAUUUGCUUAUGACGUGUUCCUCAGCUUCAGAGGUGAAGACACCCGAAAGAACUUCACUGAUCACCUCCACACGGCCCUUCUCAACGCCCGAUUUCGAACUUUUCGGGAUGACCCUGAACUCAAAAGAGGUGAAAAUAUCAAGGAAGAGCUUGAGAAAGCCAUUCGAGAGUCACGAAGUUCUGUCAUUGUGUUCUCGAAAGACUACGCCUCUUCCAAAUGGUGCCUGGACGAGCUUGUCAUCAUCCUUGAACGCAAGAGGAACUUCAAUCAUUUCGUUUUACCAGUCUUCUACCACGUUGAUCCAUCCCAUCUGAGGAACCAGACAGCAAGUGUUGCAAAAGCAUUUACUGAACACCAGGAAACUCAAUCCUCUGAGAAGUUGAACGGAUGGCGGGCAGCACUUAGAGAAGUUGCAGAUGUAGCAGGAAUGAAUUUACAAGAGGGGCACGAGUCAAAGUUCAUCCAAAAUAUUGUUACAGAGAUUCAAGACAAGCUAGGUCGUGUGCCCCUGACCGAUGUCCAGGGGGUGUUACAGAAGAAGUUGUUGUUUAUUAACCCUUACCUCGAUGAUGCCGAGGGGAAGCAACUGAACAACCCAACUGUGAAGGCAUGGCUCAAUGAGCUUAAAGAAUCUGUCUAUGAUGCUGAGGACCUGUUGCAGGAGAUCAAAACAGAAGCGCUGAGGCAAAAGAUAGAACGCGAAUAUGGGAGUAGCACGAGUAAGGAACAAGAGCAUAGCUCUACUCCUCCAUCUCAUGCUUUUGACUCAGCUUUAAUAUACCCCAAGGUAGACGAAGUUCUUGAAAGACUAGACUUCAUUAUGGAGCAGAGAAGAGAUGUCUGGGGUAUGGAAGCAAGUGCUGGACACAGGGUAUCACAAACAAUACCGUCAACUUCUUUGAUAGAAGACUCUGUGUAUGGAAGAGAUGAGGAGAAAGAAAGAUUUAUUAAAUUAUUGCUAUCAGAUGAUGAGACUGGCAAUAAAAUAGGUGUGAUUCCUAUUGUGGGUAUGGGUGGGAUUGGCAAAACCACCCUUGCCCAGUUUCUAUACAACGAUGUUAGAGUCAAACGACAUUUUGGCCUCCAAGCAUGGGUUUGUGUUUCAAAAGAAUUUGAUGUUCUUACGAUCUCGCAACACAUUUAUGAGUCCCUAACCUCUAAAGAUUGCCAAAUCAAAAACCUAGAUACGCUUCAAUCAAUGUUGCAGGCAACUUUGAUGGGGAAAAGGUUCUUCUUUGUUCUUGAUGACAUCUGGAACGAGAAUAAUAAGCAGUGGGAAUGCUUAAGGCGUCCCUUUCAGUCUGGAGCACAUGGAAGCAAGAUCAUUGUCACAACACGUGAUGAAGAUGUUGCACGUAAGAUGAGUAGGCUUGAAGCUCACCAUCUCAUGCCAAUGUCUGAGCAAGAUAGCUGGUCGUUAUUUGAAAAACAUGCCUUCAAAAAUGCAGACGUUGGUGCACGCUCACGUCUUGAAGAAAUCGGUAGACAAAUUGUUCAAAAGUGCAACGGUCUUCCCUUGGCUAUUAAGUCACUUGGGGGUCUCUUAUGUUCUAAACUAUCUCCUGAGGAAUGGGAAAGCAUAUUGGAUAGUGACAUCUGGGAAUUGACGCAGGAGGAGAGUGAUGACAUUCUACCAUCUCUUUGGUUGAGCUAUUUGGAUUUGCCUCUACAUCUCAAGCGUUGUUUUAGCUACUGUUCGAUAUUUCCCAAGAAUUAUCGACUUCAAAAAUCAGAACUGCUUUUAUUGUGGAAUGCCCAAGGUUUCUUGCAACCCCAAAAGAAGAAAAUGGUAGAACAAGUUGGGGAAGAGUACUUCAAUGAUCUAAUCUCAAGGUCAUUUUUCCAACAUUCAUCAAGUUCCGAACACUUCAUCAUGCAUGACCUUAUCAAGGAUUUAGCACAUUUUGUAUCUGGAGAAUUUUCUGUUAGGUGGGAGAAUAGUGAAUCACCCAACAUUUUGAGGGAGACUCGUCAUUUCUCAUAUAUGGAGAAACACGGUGAUAGGUUUGCCAAACUUGAGGCUAUACAUGAAGCUAAAUAUUUGCGCACUUUUCUACCUGUACCUCAAUAUGCAUUCUAUCUGGAGACAUCCCUUGGAGACAAAUUCCAAAAAGUACUACAUGAGGUAUUGCCAAAACUACAAUGUUUAAGAAUGUUGAAUUUAUCAUUGUAUAAAAUUAUGAAAUUGCCUGAUUCGAUUGACAACUUGAAACAUCUAAGGCACUUGGACAUGUCUGGAACUCCCAUUAGAAAGUUACCUGAUAGUAUUUGUACUUUGUAUAAUUUGCAAGCAUUAUUGUUGCGGGAGUGUCGAAAUCUUGUGGAACUGCCAACCAAGUUGGGACGAUUGAUCAGCUUGAGGCAUCUGGAUAUUAAAGAUACAAAGAUAGAAAAGAUGCCACCACAUAUGGCCAAUUUCAAGGACCUGCAGAUACUAACCGAGUUUGUGCUGGACAAAUAUACCGAAGGCCAUAAUGCUUUAGAGCUAAAGAAGCUUCAAAAUUUGCGCGGGACACUUUGUAUUUCAGGGCUUGAGAAUGUUGUGGAUGGCAGCGCUUUGGUAGCCAACAUUGUGAGGGACAAGGAGUUUGUUACCGAAUUAAAUUUGAAUUGGAAAUAUACAAGUGAAAAAGGCGAUAUGGUAGAGGAAAGAGAAGUGCUUGAGAAGCUCCAACCUCACCUGAAACUGAAAAGGCUUACAAUUAAAGAUUAUGGAGGCAAAAUGUUUCCAGGUUGGUCAGAAUAUUAUUCUUCCGAAUCCUGUCAUCUUGUUUAUCUUGAACUUGUUAAUUGUGCGAAUUGUACCUCAUUGCCACCAUUGGGACAGCUACCUUACCUCAGAGAGCUUCAUAUUUCUGGGUUAGUUAAAGUGGUGUCCAUAGGUUCUGAAUUCUAUUAUGGUGACGGCAAUACUAGUACUAGUGUGAAAAAACCAUUUAGAUGUCUACGGUUUUUAAAAUUCCACAGAAUGUGGAGGUGGCAAGAAUGGUGUUAUGUUGUAACCGAAAGAAAAAAUAAAGAAGAGUGUUGUGUUGGAGGUGACGAUAAUGAAGGUGGAGUUUUUCCUAAUCUUGUGGAGCUUGUUAUAUUAUCGUGUCCAGAUCUUACUGGGAUAUUAGCGUUUGACAGUUUCCCGAUGCUGAAAGAGGUCGACUUGAGUUGGACUUAUUUAUCACUAGACUCUAGACUCUUAUCCGUGAAUAAGUUGCGAUUACAAGACUCUUAUAGAACUUUUCUCGAUGGGGUGUUGCAUGCACACAACUUGACCAGUCUAGAGAUAAACGCAUGUUGGGACUUCACUGCAUGGCCGAAACAAAUGCACUCCCUUCUCCCAUCUCUUGUGUCUUUGUCGGUAGAAGGUUGCCGAGGAUUGGAAUGUUUUCCGGAAGGGGGAUUCCCGUCAAAGUUAAAAUCACUUGUCAUCAUGGGCUGUAGAGUGGAUGCAAAGAGUUUGCAAAAUCUGAACAAGGGUCUCCGGAGACUCACCUCUCUUGAAAAAUUGAGACUUGACUUUCGGUGGGUAGAAGAUUGGUUUGCUGACGAGGGGGCGUUGCCCAGCACUCUCACUCAUCUCGAGAUCUGGAAUCUGAAUGGCGAGACCAUCGACGGCGCCAAGUGGUUUGGCCAUCUCAACUCUCUUCAACAAUUGGUGUUUGGGAAUUGCCGUUCGCUCCGGUGCUUGCCAGAAAGUGGGUUACCCUCUUCUCUUUCUCGUCUAGAAAUCCAUCGGUGUCCUUUGCUUGAGAAACGGUGCCAAAGAGUGAGUGGCGAAGAUUGGCCCAAGAUUGCUCACAUCCCCUUCAUAAUGAUCGAUGGGUCGUGAAAAUCGGAUUGACUACGACAUGCCAUUUCCUACGCAUCUUACAAAAUGAGCAAAAUUUUUUUGAGGGUCUCAACUCUUGGACUUGCUGGAGAACCAUGUGUUAAGACAGAGAUAGGCCAAGAUUCUCUUCUUAUCUGAACUUGAAGAUUGUUCUUUAUCUCCUCCACUCAAUCACACAAACAUAAGAGUAUAUUUAGAGUUACCGAGCAGAAUGAAAUCACAGAGAGAUGAGAGCCAAUUUUGAGUCAGGGUCAAGCUAGUAGUGAUGUGGAUGUGUUUAUGUUGCCAGUGCGAUAUCAGCUCCCUAGAUGUUACAAGUUUACAACUAUGUGAAGAAGGAUCUCCAAGGACUCACCUCAACUUGACUUUGGCACUGAUGGUGUGAAGAAUUGCUAGAUUCAUUUCCAGAGAAGAGGAAUUUAUUCAGUACUCUCACUUAUCUCAGGCUCUACUUCUUAAUCUUAAGAAAAUGGACAUUGUCAAGUGGUUUUGACAUCUCAACUCGCUUGAAACUUUGAAGAGUAUGUAUUACUCAUCUCAGUUCGAAAAUAUUUUGAGGUUAAUUUUUGGGCCUCCUGGAACACACCUUCUCAGAGACCAGAAAGGUUAGUUAAGCUCACAUACCCAAAAUAUUUAUGAUGUGCAAUGGCCUGAUAGUCCUAAUUGUGAUCGCAAUUAUCUAAAUCUCUCUCAUAAGGCAACUAAAUGCAGUUCUGCCUGAAGGUAUUUUUAAUUGUGGUGCUUUGCUUCCAUAUUUUUGUAUUACUUCUGUAUUGAAUUGGAAAAUGAAGAAUUAAUUACCUUAAAGGUUGUGGCUGUUCUCUGUUAUAUCAGGAGCGUUACAUUAAUCAGCAAAGAAACUUGGUUUCGCGUGGCAAACGAUAACACAUGAUCAAACAAUGUUGCGCCUUGAAUGAUACUUCACUUACUGACCUCUGUGAGAGGUAACUUCCUUGCUGGAAUUUCUAUACCUUGAAGGAGGGAUGACUGACAAGCUGUGGAUCCUCUUCUGAUCAAAGCUGCUAGAGUUUUUUUCCUGGGCUCUCCGGAGUUAUACAAUGCUGCCAGCCUGCAACUAAGGCAUGUCACAGCAAGGAAAUUCUUUGGCAGACUAUCAACUCACUGACCCUUUAGGACAUUCUGGAGGCCCACGGGAGGUGUCUACGUUGUUGUUACUUCAUUUAUAUACUUAUAGGCCCUCAGAUAGCCGGGCAAACUUUUCAAGGAGCAGACAUAGAAAUAGUACAAAGAGGCGUUUUGCAGUUUGCAGUAUGUAUUACCUCUAUCUACACCGGAAGAUACUAGACAUUAGUAUGGUACUAGACUACUAGAUACAUGAAUUCAGCAGCAACUGGUUCUGCCUACACUAGAAAAGUGGCAGAGUAUCAAACUUUAUUGUUUUUGUAUAAAUGAAUUGAGAUAUUUGUUUUUUCUGCCCCUUUCGUAGAAACUUUUGUAGUUAUACAGAUAUAUAGAACAUUCCCAUGCUUUCAAGAC